UCUUGAGCAAGCAAGAAAAGCCAUCACUGCUCUGUUAUUCAAUACCAGAUUGAGAGGAGUAGAAUCAGAGAUGAUGAUCCAUUCAAAUGGACCGGAGAAGACCAUCCGGAAAAUUUCAGCACGGUUAAGGAACUUUGAACCCACGAAAUUAAUGCUCGAGAGGACACUUUCUUUCACGGAUCUUGUUGAACAUGUGGAAAGAUCAAUGUGGUCAAAUGCUGAAAAUGCAAAAUCAAUACUUACUUUCCUUCCAGAACCCUCCGUCAUAUUUUCUCCCCGCCCUAUUAGUGAGCUUGAUGCAGCUGCCGUGAAGCUUCAGAAAGUAUACAAGAGUUAUCGGACUCGAAGAAACCUUGCAGACUGUGCUGUCGUGGCCGAAGAGCUUUGGUAUAUGUUUGGUUUCAAUCUUCAUUAAGACUUGUAGCUCCAUAUGAAACAUCACCCUUUCAUCAGGAUGUGUAGUCCAAUUUUUAUAUGUCAGUGUUAGAAACUCACAUGCAAAACUAAAGGGAGAAUGAUUGGUUGAUAAGACCUAGAGUUGAACUAACUGAUAGAUGGAUUCAAUCUUUUUAUGUAGUCGACCCAAUUGUUUUAUUAUCUCAGUUCAGCUGUUUUAGUCCAAUUCUGAAUUCUAUCAGUUGUAAUAAACAUUUAUAUUUAUAUUUCAUCUACGCGGGAUUGAUCAUCAAGAUGGUUUUUAAUGAUUAAGCCAUGUUUAGUAAUUAUGGGGUACUAGAUAUGCUUGUUUAUCAGUGAUUUUGUUUUGUAUUGCUUUUUCUAAUUCAGGUGGAAGGCCUUAGACUCUGCAGCUUUGAACAAGAGCUCCGUUUCGUUCUUCAAUGAUGAGAAGCCAGAAACUGCCAUUUCAAGGUGGGCUAGAGCACGUACAAGAGCUGCAAAGGUUGGAAAGGGAUUGUCUAAGGAUGAUAAGGCUCAAAAGCUAGCCCUACGGCAUUGGUUGGAAGCGAUUGAUGCACGGCAUAGGUAUGGACACAAUUUGCACCUCUACUAUGAUGUGUGGUUUCACAGUGAAAGCUCUCAACCUUUCUUCUACUGGUUGGAUGUGGGAGAUGGGAAAGAAAUAAAUCUUGAAAAGUGCCCAAGGAUUAUGCUGCAGCGCCAAUGCAUUCAAUAUCUUGGCCCAAAAGAGCGUGAAUGUUAUGAAGUUAUUAUUGAAAAUGGGAAGCUUGUAUACAAGCAAAAAAGAAUCUUUGUGGAGACGACAGAAGGUUCAAAGUGGAUAUUCGUCCUUAGCACCUCAAGAACAUUGUACGUUGGGCAAAAGAGGAAAGGCGUAUUUCAACACUCGAGUUUUUUAGCUGGUGCAGCUAUCAUAGCUGCUGGAAGGAUGGUUUCUCACUGUGGCAUUUUGGAGGCAAUUUGGCCAUACAGCGGUCACUAUCUUCCAACAGAAGAGAACUUCAGAGAAUUCAUUAGUUUCCUAGAGGAGCACUAUGUAGAUCUCUCGAAUGUUAAGAGAUGUGCUGUUGACGAAGACUCAUUUUCGUUUAAGUUGAUUGGUGAGGUUUCAGGUGGACGCUCAUCAAGACAUCUUUGUGCUGCUCAAUCCGAUGCCGAUAGAACCACAUCUGACAUAAAGGGUUCACUACAUCAUUUGCCCUGCAAGUGGUCCACAGGAAAUGGACCACGUAUUGGGUGCGUAAGGGAUUACCCAACGGAGCUGCAAUG